AUGUUUGAACAAACCCAGAUUCAGGAAUUUAAGGAGGAAAGGACAACUAUGUGUCAAAACCAGACAAACAUACAGACAGAAAAACUUUCAGAAUUAUCAGAACUGGCUAACAUUACUACUUUAUUUUUGAAUAUGAAGGCAUUUACCAUCAUGGAUCAGAACAGAGAUGGAUUCAUUGACAAAGAAGAUCUUAGAGAUACCUUUGCUGCUUUAGGUCGUCUGAAUGUGAAGAAUGAAGAACUGGAAGAGAUGUUACAAGAAGCCCCAGGACCAAUUAACUUUACUGUGUUCUUAACAAUGUUUGGAGAGAAGCUAAAAGGUGCUGACCCAGAGGAAACCAUUCUGAGUGCAUUCAAAGUCUUUGAUCCUGAAGGCAGUGGACUUCUAAAAUCAGAUUAUAUUCGAGAAAUGCUUAUGACCCAAGCUGAAAGGUUCACAAGCGAAGAGGUCGACCAGAUGUUCACAGCUUUCCCCCCUGAUGUCACAGGAAAUUUAAACUACAAGAAUCUUGUUCACAUCAUCACUCAUGGUGAAGAGAAAGAAGAGUAA